AAAGGCUGUUGCAGGUUGGAGGGGGUUGUCUGUGUCCCUGGGGCUGGGACGGGACUGGUGAGCGCAGCGGCGGUGUAGGGGUCCUGCCUGCUUCUUCGCGGGGCUGGGCGCCAGAUUUGCAGUGAAUCCUCCAAGAAAUGGCCACAAAACUCAGACCAGCCAGUAAGAAAUGUACUGUGAUAGGUGGCUCAGGAUUCUUAGGCCAACACAUGGUGGAGAAGCUGCUGGAGAAAGGCUACACUGUCAAUGUGUUUGAUAUCCGAAAGGGGUUUGAAAAUGAUAAAGUGCAGUUUUUCUUGGGAGAUCUCUGCAGUAAAAAGGACCUGUUUCCAGCUCUACAAGGUGUGACAGUGGCUUUUCACUGUGCUUCACCAGCCCCUUCCAGUGACAACAGGGAUCUGUUUUACAAAGUGAAUUUUAUGGGGACCAAAACUGUCAUUGAAGCCUGCAAAGAAGCUGGGGUUCAGAAACUGGUGUUAACCAGCAGUGCCAGUGUAGUCUUUGAGGGCACAGACAUCAAGAAUGGAACAGAAGACCUCCCUUAUGCAAAGAAGCCCAUCGACUACUACACAGAGACCAAGAUCCUGCAGGAGAAGGAAGUGCUAAAUGCUAAUGACCCAGAUGGUAAUUUCUUCACAACUGCCAUUCGCCCUCAUGGGAUAUUUGGUCCCAGGGACUUCCAGCUGGUUCCCAUCCUCAUCCAGGCAGCUAAGAGUGGCAAAAUGAAGUUCAUGAUUGGGGAUGGGAAGAACCUAGUAGACUUUACCUUUGUGGAAAAUGUGGUCCAUGGGCACAUACUAGCUGCAGAGCAUCUUCAUAAAGAUUCUCCCUUGUGUGGGAAGGCAUUUCACAUCACGAAUGAUGAGCCAGUCCCUUUCUGGUCAUUCAUGUCCCGUAUCUUGACUGGCCUGAACUACGAUGCACCCAAAUACCAAAUCCCCUAUUGGGUGGCAUAUUACUUAGCCCUCUUACUGUCUCUGGUGUUGCUGCUGCUGAGUCCACUCAUAACGAUCAAACCUACCUUCACCCCCAUGCGGGUGGCAUUAGCUGGGACAUUCCAUUACUACAGUUGCAAGAGGGCCAAAAGGGACAUGGGCUACAAGCCGGUGGUGAGCCUGGAUGAAGCAGUGGAGAGGACUAUCCAGAGCUUUUCCCACCUCCGUCGGGCCAAGUAAGGAGACAUAGAGAAACUGAAGAGACCUGAAUUCUUUGGACAGAUGAACCUUUCCUCAAGCCUCUUGAAGGGAUAGCACGUUUCUCUGGAUUGAAGGACUUCAUCCUGUAGUUGUACUAACAGCCCGUACCUCUCUGUGACUGCUUUGUGUGACAGCCUGUUCUAAAAUAGCUAUUGGCUGCUACUCUGUUUGAAUAACACCCUAAUAUUUCCUCCUAAAGUAGUGAGCUAGCACAUCCAGAUUCUAUCCCCUGCUGUCUCUGCCCCUGACUUCUAUUUUGCUGCUUUGGUGACUAUGCCAGCCUAUCCUAAUGGCUGUGGAUUGAGUAACAGCCAUUCUAAAAAAUUCUCACUUUCAUCCACCUCCCACCACUAACUGAGUCUGUUGGAUAUUUCUUAUGGUGCAGUCAUGGAUAAAAUACAUUGAAGAGUGUGCUUGGGAGAUGUGCAGGAGGAACAAGUGAGAUUUAAGGGGAGAAAGCCAGCCAAAGCGAUACCCUUAAAACUUAUGUCCACUAUUAAACAAAACAUAAUGGUGA